CGACAAAUCAAGGUCAUAACAAAGUGGCGACGGAGAUUUUUUUUCUAUAUUGAUUGAUCCAGAGCAAAAUGUCUGUAUCCUUGGACGACCUUAAAACUAUUCUACAAAUUCAGCAAGCGCAAAAUGAUGCAAAUCAAAUGAAGCUUUUAGAUGCACUGAUGCAGAAGCUGUCAUUAUAUUUAUCCACAACUUAUCAAUCAGAUAAGUAUGAAUGCAUCACGAAUUCUAUUUGUGAAUUCCAUUAUGAUCCUGAAUCUGGUAUCAUUUUCAAUUCCUGGUUUCAUCGUUGCGAAGACAUAUUCCGUGUGGAAUGCUCAAAUCUUGAUGACGCAGCUAAAGUUCGCCUACUCCUGAGAAGACUCGGAACACGUGAAUACAACAAAUAUGUGAAUUUCAUCCUGCCACGAAAUCCACGAGAUGUAUCUUUCAAAGAGACGGUCCAAAUUUUAUCUGACAUUUUCGGCGAACAAUCUUCAUUAUUUAAUACUCGCUAUCGAUGUUUCCAAAUAUCGAAAUCCCCAGAUGAUGAUUAUCUCACAUAUGCUGGUAAAGUAAAUCGAGAAUGCGAACUGUUCAAAAUAAACGAGAUUACAGCUGACCAAUUCAAAUGCUUGAUUUUUAUAUGUGGUUUAAAGAAUGCAGAAGAUGCAGAUGUCCGUACCAGGAUGUUAGCACGCAUUGAACAGGAACCGAAUAUGACACUACAAAUGGUCACAACCGAGUGUCAGAGGUUGAUAAAUCUCAAGCAUGAUACCGCGAUGGUGCAACAGAAGGCUAAACCUUCCGAUUUUGGUUCAAUUAAUGCUCUCAGAUCCUCGAAAUCGUCCAAACAGAACACUACAACCACACAACUACCUUCUGUCAAACCCCCAUCACCAUGUUGGUUCUGCGGAGCAUGGCAUUUUGUGAAACUAUGUCCGUUCAAGAAUCACAUGCCGCAAAUGUCAUCGCAUUGGUCAUAAAGAAGGUCAUUGCUCAUCGAAUAAAUGUCGUAGUGGAAAUGCGAAGCAACGACCACAGAGUCAAAUCAAAAGCACGUAAGCAGCCUUCAAAUUUGGCUUUCAAAGUAAGCGGAAGUACGUAAACUUAUUAGUAAAUGAAAAACCCAUACGUCUUCAAUUGGACACGGCUUCUGAUGUUACACUGAUUUCCAAAAACACAUGGCGUAAGCUGGGAUGUCCACGCAUCCGACCAACAGAACAUGUUGCUCGCAAUGCUUCAGGAGAUAUAGUGAAGUUGACAGGAGAAGUCACAUGCAACGUUAAAUUCAUGGGACAUAAGUUCACCGAUGUCUGUUAUCUUACAAAUCGGCACGAUUUAGAUUUAUUAGGAUUAGACUGGAUUGAGAAGGUUGAUACCUUGAAUAAAAUAUUAAAUGAGGUAUGUUCUCAAAAUGCUUCCUUCGAGUCUAUCAAAAUUCCUGAUGAUAUUUCUAAAUCAAAUGCCUCCGAUGUAUCAUGUUCUCUUUAUAUUCAUGAAUUAAAUGCUUCUGAUGAAACAUGUUCUCAUAAUCUUUCUGAAUCAAAUGCUUCUAAUGUAAUGUAUUCUCUUGAUGAUGUUAAAUCAAAUUCCUCCGAUGUAACAUGUCCUCACAAUGAUUCCAAAUCAAAUACCUCAGACAAAGUAUGCUCGCGUAAAACUUCAGAACCUCAUGUAAUUUGUGCCAGUGUUAUGUCCACAACAAAGUCUUCUGUUUCUUCUCAAAUGUCGUCUACAUCUCGCAUAAAUCAUCUGCGACAAAAGCAUGCAGGUGUAUUUCAAAACAAACUGGGCUGUUGUAAGUUCACCAAAGUAUCCUUGUCACUGAAGCAAAAUGCAAAGCCAAUUUUCAGACCGAAACGACCAGUGCCUUAUGCUGCUCUGUCAGUCGUUGACCAGGAACUGGACAGAUUAGAAGCGUUAAGUGUCAUCCAGCCAGUAAAUUAUUCACCGUGGGCUGCCCCCAUAGUGGUCGUGAAAAAGGCAAAUGGGACUGUUCGCAUAUGUGCUGACUUUUCCACUGGUCUGAAUAAUGCCCUAGAAGAUCACACGUAUCCACUUCCCAUACAGGAAGAUUUAUUCAUCAAACUAAAUGGAGGAAAGUAUUUUGCUAAGAUUGACCUUGCUGAUGCAUAUCUCCAAAUAGCAGUUGAUCCAGCCUCCCAACCACUACUGACGAUUAACACUCACAGAGGCCUUUACCAAUAUAAGCGUUUACCUUUUGGUGUAAAACCAGCACCAGCUAUUUUUCAACAAAUAAUGGACACUAUGUUGGCAAAUUUGCCAGGAGUCGCUGUCUAUUUAGAUGACGUAAUCGUUACAGGUUCCAGUAAGUCCGAGUUAUUCGAUCGACUCGAUGCUGUUUUAACCAAAAUAUCUGAGUAUGGAUUCUACCUAAAAGAAGAGAAGUGUACAUUUUUCAUGGACUCUGUGAAAUAUCUUGGUUUUGUUUUCGAUAAAAAUGGACGACGCCCAGAUCCGGAAAAUGUACGAGCUAUCCAAAAUAUGCCACCUCCAUCUAAUGUAGCAACUCUGCGUUCAUUCCUUGGUCUUAUCAGUUAUUACAGUAACUUUUUGCCACAAUGGCAUCGCCUCCGAGCACCCAUGAACCAAUUAUUAUCCAAUAAUGUAAGAUGGGACUGGUCCAGUAAGUGCCAAAAAUGUUUUGACAAAGUAAAGUCAUUAUUAACAUCGGAUCUACUCCUUACAUAUUUUGAUCCCUCGCUGGAAAUCGUUGUUGCCGCAGACGCUUCUGACUAUGGUAUCGGUGCCGUCAUAUCCCAUAGGUUUCCAGAUGGCAAAGAGAAAGCUAUCGCACAUGCUUCCAGAACAUUAACUUCGGCAGAACGCAAGUACAGUCAAAUUGAGAAAGAAGGUUUGGCAUUAAUUUUUGCAGUUAAAAAGUUUCACAAAAUGCUACAUGGUAGAAAAUUUACCUUAUUCACUGAUCAUAAACCCCUAUUGUCAAUUUUUGGAUCUAAGAAAGGCAUACCAGUUUAUACCGCAAACCGCCUCCAACGAUGGGCUACAAUGCUAUUGGGUUAUGAUUUCGCUAUCAAAUACAAAUCUACCUCUGACUUUGGUCAUGCUGAUGCAUUAUCGCGCUUAAUGAGUGAUCAUAAGCUUGAAAAUGAAGAUACUGUUAUCGCUUCUAUAUCAGUGGAAGAAGACGUAAACAGAAUGUUAUUAAAUUCAACACAAAUUCUCCCAGUGACAGCUGCUCAAAUCGCUUAUCAUACUCGCCGCGAUCCUAUCUUAAGACAACUAGCUACAUUUAUCCAGCGUGGUUGGCCCCCACGUAUAACAUCUCAUGAACUGAAACAGUAUUACCAACGACGCCAAUCUUUAUCCAUCGUAAAUGACUGUAUUAUGCUUACUGAUCGCGUAGUGGUUCCAAAUAACUUACGCUCAAUCGUCUUGCAAAAAUUGCACACAGCCCAUCCAGGUACUGGAAGAAUGAAAGCUAUUGCUCGAAGUUAUGUAUACUGGCCUAACAUCGAUGAACACAUCGAAGAUUUCGCGCGUGCGUGCAGAAAAUGUGCUACGGUUUCCAAAUGUCCACAAAAAGCUGAACUGUAUUCUUGGCCAUCUCCAAAAGAACCUUGGUCGCGUGUACAUAUUGAUUUUGCUGGUCCAUUCCAGGGUUCAUAUUUCCUCAUUUGUGUCGAUGCUUACUCAAAAUGGCCGGAGGUUAUCCCUAUGAACCAGGUCACUUUGCAAGACACUAUUAUGGAAUUACGGCAGUUAUUCUCCCGUUUUGGAGUCCCAAAUAUCCUUGUGUCGGAUAACGGCACUCAGUUUACUUCGUCCAUCUUCUCAGAUUUCUGCAAGAGAUUUGGAGUCAAUCAUGUUCGUUCACCUCCAUAUCAUCCACAAUCGAAUGGUCAAGCCGAAAGGUUUGUGGAUACCUUCAAGAGAGCGCUACUGAAGGCAAAAGGGGAGGGGAAGAUAAAGGAAAUUCUUAAUGAUUUUCUAUUUGUCUACAGAACAACUCCAAACCCGUCAGCACCAAAUCAAGUGUCUCCAGCAGAAAUUAUGUUUGGCAGAAAAGUUAAAACUGCUCUCGAUGCAAUAAAACCAGAGCGAAAUCUCAUAGGAAGGAGAAACCGAAAGAUGGAAAUCCAAUUUAAUCGCCAUCAUGGGGCGAAAAAUAGAAUCUUCCAAAACAACCAAACAGUAUACGUCCGUGAUUUCAGAUACUCACCUCCACAAUGGACCAGUGGACGCAUACUUAAGAGACGGGGAAAUGUAAUGUAUGUGGUGGAAGUUGAAGGUCAAAAGUGGAUACGUCAUGUUAACCACAUACUGGAAAAUUCUGGUACUGCACAGAAAACCGAGAAGCUGAGUUCAAUGUGGCAAAUCUUCUUGGACAGUUUCGAUAUUAAAAGUUCAACGACUCACAAAACUGUGCAUCCGGAACAAGAUCCUAUUAGGAGAUGGUUACGAAAACGCAGAAGACCAGAUGUUCUACAAGUGGACCCAAAGAAAAGAGCAUACGUUUCUGAGGGGAGAUAUCAAUGAUGAUAUCUUAACUAUUACUUGUAAAUAGUGACUAAUCAUUUUUCUUCUUUUUUUAUUUAUUCCAGUUGGUCAAAUUAGUCACGCUUACACGGAUCGCAACGUAAACCGUUUUCACUUAUGCACUCAGUUGGAUGGCAGUUAUAACAUUUUUUUUGUCAAGGGGGAAGAUGAUGUGAACCGGGAAACAAGAAGCCCUGACAAACUACGAAGGCUAUUUUCGGAACGUUAUUUCAUUUUAUUCAAAGCUUGUAAAACACUGACAUUUAUUUUUGUCCCUAAUCUAUUCUACAGAACAUAAGCUUUCGUUCGGUGUAUCAUUCACUGCCAUACCUUUUUCUGUUCCGAAGCUAUUGUAAUUUAAACAUAUUAUUUUGCACCCUAUUUUCUACUCUAAUUCCCAGCUUUGGACAUAAUUGUAUUUUUCCUAAUUAUUGUACGUUGCGGUCGGGUUAUUCACUUAUUUAUUCAUGUACCUUUUUACACUAAUCCGAAUUCAGUGAAUUCAGUGAAUCCAGUGAGUUCAGUGGUCAGGGAAAUAGAUCGAGUAGUGUUCCAGU